CCUUACCCGACCGAUGGUCGCCAUUCCCGUGCUCAGCACUAAGCUGAGCACUGAGCUGAGCACUGUCAUGAACCCGAGCUUCAAAGUGUAAGAUUAUGCACCAUAUAAAAAAGGCAGAAAUCAUGGUAUAAAUGUGCACCGCUUCGCUAGGGAAUGCGCAAUUGUCUUGUCCCUGAGAAAAGUAAAUCGCUUCCACGAAAUCAGCUCCACGACCUCAUCCUGCACACCUAGUCCCUACCAAAGAUGAUCAUCUUCGUCACUGGCGCAUCUGGCUUCGUUGGUCGAGCCUUGGUCCCCAAGCUCAUCCAGAAUGGUCACAAGGUACUCGGUCUGGCGCGUUCCACCGCUUCGGCAGACCUUCUCACAUCUCUAGGUGUAGAGCCCAUCCAUGGAGGCAUUGAAGACCACUCCGUCUUGCAGGAAGGCUGCAAAAGAGCAGACGCCGUCAUCCACUUGGCUUUUAUCCACGAUUUUGCCAACUUCCAGGCAUCUUGUGAGGCAGAUCUAGAGUCGAUCAAGGCGAUGGGGAGUGCUUUGGAGGGAACCGGCAAGGUCUUUCUUGGUACAUCAGGGCUGUUGGCACUCGGAGGCGUCGGCACUCAGGACAAUCUAGCUGACGAGGAAACCGCCAUUCCGGCGAGCAAUCAGAGGGCCCGGUAUGCGGCCGAACAGUACGUAAGCAAUCAGAUGAGGGCUAUGGGAAUCAAGAGCAGUGUCAUCAGACUUUCACCGACGACUCAUGACGAAGGGGACAAGGCCUUCAUACAUUUGAUCAUUGGAUCCUGUGAAAAGGCAGGCUACGUCUGCUACCCUGGCGACGGCACGAACGUCUGGGCAGCUGUACAUCGCCAAGACGCUGCAGAACUGUAUCUCCUCGCUGUAGAAGCAGCACACAGCUCCAAGCCAGUGCCUGCCGUUCUUCACGCAGCGGGAGAAAUCGUUGCAUGGAAAGACAUUGCCGAGACGAUUGGCAAGGCCAAGAACCUUCCUGUCAAAGGGGGCGUAUCGCAGGAGGAGCUGGGGAAAGUUCUGUCCUUCAUAGCGCACUUUGUCGUCCUCGAUACCCAUGUCUCAGCAAAGAAGACGGCAGCGGCAUUAGGAUGGGAAGUGAAGAAUAUCGGCUUGCUGGCUGAUAUCGAAGCUCAUUACUAAGUUGCACAUGCGGCUAGCAGAUGUGCAGCAGUAUGUCGGCUAGCAUACUGUACUUCCUCGUCGGGUCCACGUGCCCUUGUAGCGUCUCGCGUGUGGAAUUCUACUGCUUUCCUCACACUUUAGUUGCCGUAGUCUGACAGUCUCUUUGUGUGUGCGAACCUCGAUGUGUAACCUGUUGGCAGAUAACCCUAAGGACAAUCAGCUUCUUCUUCCAAUUAUGGACAAGCCCGGACU